AAUCCAGGCUCCUGUCUCCCAAUCACAGUGGCACUCAGUCUGAAUUAGUUCACUUUUAUUGCUCUGUCUGGGUUUUUUUUUUUUCGUGUGUCAAACACCAGACGUUCUCGCUGACUGACUGCUCUCUCUAUAUGGGUAGGCUCAUCCCCUCUAGUACUGCGGCUCUUUGCUUCCCGGAUAAGCCGCUGCAUGAGGAACAGCAGUACAGGCUCUUCUCUCACCAAAGAUAAUUCCACUGCCCAAUGUGCAGCCAAAUUAUCAGGGGGACUGAGUGAUAACUGUGGGCGUGUCUACUGUCUGUGUCCCCGUGUGCAGUAUGUUAAUGACCAAGUGCUGCCACAACAAAGGAGAAUGAAGGUUUGAUUUGUCACGCCCCCCUAGAUCCCCGAUUGAUGGAUCGGAGCAGCCAGGAAACACCUGCACUGGCCGGACCGGCGAGCUCAUGUACAAGCAGCCAGGGGGUGACUGCUGAUCUCUGACUGUCUGUCGCUCCUGCUCCCAGCUAUGGCCGAAAGGAGUUCCCUAUUUAUUCGGAUCGUGGAAGGAAAGAAUUUGCCAGCAAAGGACAUCAACGGCAGUAGUGAUCCCUACUGCAUUGUGAAAAUUGAUGAUGAGACUAUUAUCAGAACCGCUACAGUGUGGAAGACUCUUUCACCAUUCUGGGGAGAGGAGUACAAGGUCCACCUGCCUCCUAACUUCCAUUCUGUGUCUUUCUAUGUGAUGGAUGAAGAUGCACUCAGUCGUGACGAUGUCAUCGGAAAGGUCUGUUUAACACGUAAUGUCCUGGCUGAACAUCCUAAAGGUUACAAUGGAUGGAUGAAUCUAACAGAAAUAGAUCCAGAUGAAGAAGUACAAGGAGAAAUUCACCUAAGAAUUGAAAUAAUUAAUACAGAUGUGCCACGUAAAGUACGCUGCACAGUGUUUGAAGCAAGGGACUUGGCACGGAAGGACAGGAAUGGGGCUUCAGAUCCAUUUGUCAGAGUGCAGUAUAAUUCUAAAGUGCAGGAGAGCUCGGUCGUGAAAAAGUCUUGCUACCCUCGCUGGAAUGAGGCAUUUGAGUUUGACCUAGAAGAAACAAUUACUGAGAAAUUAAGUAUAGAGGUUUGGGACUGGGAUCUUGUCAGCAGAAACGACUUCCUUGGAAAGGUGCUGAUCAACUUAAAUGCACUACAAACUACCUUACACGAAGAAGGAUGGUUCAGACUGAGUCCUGGGAAGUCUACAGCAAACAUAGAUGAGGGAAACCUUGGGUCCCUGCAGCUCCAAGUGAGGCUUCGUGAUGAGACUGUCCUUCCGUCAGAAUACUACAAGCCUUUGGUUCAGUUGUUGUGUCAGGAGGUUAAAGAUUCAUAUAAGGAAAAAAGCAUUAAAUUAAUAUCACUAAUAGAUGACACAACAUCUGCUGAGUGUAGACAGGAGGUGGCAACCAACUUGGUCAAACUAUUCUUGGGACAAGGAAUAGCUAAGGAAUACUUGGAUCUGCUUUUCAGACUUGAACUUGAUAAAACAAAUGAACCCAACACAUUAUUCAGAAGUAAUUCUUUGGCAUCAAAAUCAAUGGAAUCAUUUCUUAAGGUGGCUGGAACUCAGUACUUGCAUAGUGUUGUUGGACUAACAAUAAAUCGUAUCUUUGAAGAGAAAAAGUAUGUUGAACUUGAUCCCAGUAAGGUAGAGAUCAAAGAAGCAGGGUGCUCCAGCUUGCACAGGAUCCAGACGGAGAGUGACCUGAUCCAGCAGAGCGCCCAGUACCUUCAGUCUUAUUUAACAGACCUCCUGACCGCAAUAACAAAGUCAGUAAAGUUGUGUCCUGCCACAAUACGUGCCACAUUUAGGCAACUAUACAAGAGAGUAGAAGAAUGCUUUCCAGAAAAUAAACACAUGAAUGUCAAGUUCAUUGCUGUAACCAGUUUCCUGUGCCUCCGUUUCUUUUCUCCUGCCAUAAUGUCUCCCAAACUGUUUCACCUUAGAGAAAAGCAUGCUGAUGCACGAACAAGCCGCACAUUGCUUCUUCUAGCCAAGGCUAUUCAAAAUGUAGGAAACAUGGAUGCUCCAGCGAGCCGAGCAAAGGAAAGCUGGAUGGCUCCACUGCAACCGACAAUACAGCAAGGUGUCUUGCAGCUGAAAGAGUUUAUAAUUAAACUAAUUGAUAUUGAGGAGAAGGAAGAAUUAGACCUACAGAGAGCACUAAAUCUACAAAGCCCUACAGUCAAGGAAGGCCAGUUAAUGAUCUACAAAACUAAAGGCAAGGGAUACCUACUGGCUUCUUCUUUUAAGAAACUCUUUAUCACCUUAACCCAUGAUGCCUUGAAUUUUGCCAAAACUUCCUAUUCCAAGAAAAGUUCCUUUAUUCCGCUCUCAAGAAUCCGAGCAUUGGAAAAAGUAGAAGAGAAGUGUUUUGGCAAUUCCAAUGUAAUGCAGAUCAUCUACACAGAUGAAACAGAGAACCUGGGGGCUUUAUAUUUGCAGUGUAAGUGUGUCAAUGAACUAAAUCAGUGGUUGUCAGCAUUAAGGAAAGUGUGUGUCAACAAUACUGAAAUGCUGUGUUCUUACCAUCCCGGUGUGUUUAAAGGAGAUAAAUGGAGUUGCUGCCACCAAAAGGACAAAGCAGGAGCUGGCUGUGACAAAACCCGCCAUGAAGUCACUUUGCAAGAAUGGAAUGAUCUUUUGGAUCCUGACUUAGAGGCUCAGCUUAUUUUCAGACAUCUACUUGGAGUGAGAGAAUUGAUGAAGGAGAAAUACGUGCAAUGGGCAGAGCAGGCCAACAAAGAGACACCUAUUCUACAUUCAGAGCCUCAGUUAAAAGACAACGCCUCCCAGUUGUUCCAGAUUCUGCAUGAUCUCGAAGCUGCGCACAAUUCUUUGACCGUUUUCUCAAAUGUAGACGAUAAAGAAAAAAAGUACUUGCUGGAAUUGUAGCUAUACAUGUAAUGCAUUCGUAGCAGUAAAUAAUGCUGUGCUGGCAAUACUAAGUAAAUAUUUUAUUAGGGAAUAGCACCUUGAACUGCCAAAAUUCUGUAAAACCUGCAAUUAAACAUAUAUAUAUGUAUAUAAUCAGAAUGAAUGGCUCUGUUGUACAAAGCAGCUGCUGAGAUACCUGAAGCACACAACUAAAGAAGUAGCUAGAAAUGUUGUACAUUAUGUUUUGUGCUUCUGUACCAGCCCAAGGCAACCACAAUCCU